GAAGUGUUGAAAGAUUGAAAACUGCUGCCUGCCCGUAGAAAGUGCAUUUAAUUUAACAUUAACCCCAAAAAAACAGAAGCCAUUGGCCAUGGAUAUGCAGGCCUAUCGACGCUGCAUUGGCCAGCAGCUGGAGGAGUUAGAUCUGCUGAGCUCCAUUUACUGUGCAGCGGGCGAGCUGCAGUUGCUCGAUGCUGGAGUCGUUGCAGAUUUCAAUGAGUUUCUGCAGUCGGAGUCGCAGACAGCGUUGCGCUCUAACUUGGAGUACGUCAUCCGCUUGAAUGUGACUGGCAAACAGUGCGUGGAUGUGCGCAUAGAGUUGCCGCACUUGUAUCCGCUGUUGGAGCUGGCUAGGAUUAGUUUGCACACCACGCUGCUGGGCAAGAUCAAGGAGCAGCACUUGAAGGUGCAAAUUGAAAACUAUUUGAUAGAGCAUGGCCAGACAGAGGAGCCCUAUGUGUUUCAGCUGCUCAGCUGGCUGCAAGAUCAGAUUCAAGAUCUGAUGAGGUGCCCCGCCAGCGAGCUGGAGUCCCCGCCAUCAGAGGAGCAUCCCAGAGCCACGCAGCUAGAGCGGCUUUGGAUAUACUCGCACCACAUCAAGUCGAGUGCCAAGCGCCAGGAGCUUGUGCGGCAGGCACGACAGCUGCAGCUUAGUGGAUUCAGUAGACCUGGCAAGCCGGGCAUCAUCUGCGUCGAGGGCGAGCCGGAGCACGUACAGGAAUACUGGCGCAGCAUCAAGGCCUUGCGCUGGCAGAAGAUUAGCCUGGUGCGCACCGAGCCAUGUCGCAAGCGACGUUUCGAGCAGUUUACCGAGCAACUCUUCAACUCUUCAGCCGCCGAUGGUGAGGAGGGUGUUAUUAACAUGGCACAGUUCAUCAGAUUUCUCGAGGAUCAUGGCACAGGUUACAUGAAAUCUGAGUUGUUUGGUUUAGCCUGACGCUUUCGAGUGGCUCAAAAUUGAAGUUAA